AUGACCAGCAACUUGAACAAUCGGGUUCGAAUUUCCAUUGAUCGUGGUGGAACAUUUACAGAUGUCUGUGCUUAUAUUCCAGGCCCUGAGCCUCGUGAUAUCGUUCUGAAACUUCUUUCAGUCGACCCCGCAAACUAUAAGGAUGCUCCUGUGGAGGGUAUUCGUCGAAUCCUGGAACAAGUCACUGGCAAAAAAAUACCUCGUAAUGAACUAAUUGAUCUGGAGCCAGUAGAGUCAAUUCGCAUGGGUACUACUGUUGCUACAAAUGCUCUUCUUGAACGAAAGGGUGACCGAGUUGCAUUCAUUGUCACUAAAGGUUUUGGUGAUAUCUUACAAAUUGGCCAACAAUCUCGACCCUCUAUUUUUGACCUUUCCGUUUCUAAACUUUCCAGUCUUUAUGAACAAGUCUACGAAGUAGAUGAAAGGGUCACUCUUGAGGGUUAUAGUGAGAAUCCCUAUCUAGAAAAGUUUGAUAUAGAAAAUGAUGAGAACUUGGUCAUCGGUACAUCUGGCGAGGUUGUCCGAAUUUUGCAAAGGCCAGAUGAAACUAAGAUCAAAAAUCUCCUCCAAAAGAUUUGGGAUACUGGAAUACGAUCUUUAGCUAUUACUUUUAUGCAUUCCUACAUUUAUCCUGAUCAUGAAGAAAUCGUCGCUAACAUUGCUCGGGAAAUGGGCUUCGACGUUUCGGCUUCUUCGGAAAUUCAACCAAUGAUCAAACUGGUUUCAAGAGCGAACUCUGCUACCGCCGACGCCUAUUUGUCUCCUAUUACUAAACGCUAUGUUCAAAACUUUGGCAAGGGAUUCAAGGGCGGUUUAGAUGCUGUUGGCCAUAAACUUUUGUUUAUGCAAUCAGAUGGUGGUUUGACUUCCUGGUCAACCUUUUCUGGUCUUAAAGCCAUUUUGUCAGGACCCGCUGGCGGUGUUAUUGGCUACUCCCGAACAUCUUACGAAGAAGAUGAAAAGACACCCAUUCUCGGAUUUGAUAUGGGUGGCACCUCUACUGAUGUAUCAAGAUAUAAUGGUGCUUUAGAACAUAUUUUUGAAACCACUACUGCCGAAGUAACAAUUCAGUCUCCACAACUCGAUAUUAAUACUGUUGCUGCUGGCGGUGGCUCAAUUUUGUUUUGGAGAAAAGGUCUUUUUGCUGUUGGCCCCGAGUCUGCCAGUGCACAUCCUGGUCCUGCUUGUUAUCGCAAGGGUGGUCCUUUAACAGUUACUGACGCCAAUUUAUUUUUGGGUCGUAUCGUUCCAGAGUACUUCCCACACAUCUUUGGUCCAAACGAAGAUGAACCUCUGGAUCCUGAAAUUGUCAAGGUUAAAUUUGCCGAGCUUACUGAAAAGAUCAAUAAAGAUAGACCCGGCCAACAGGCCAUGUCUCCUGAAGAAGUUGCCAUGGGCUUUCUUACAGUUGCUAACGAGGCCAUGUGCCGCCCUAUUCGAACAUUAACUGAAGGAAAAGGUUACACUGUUGCAAGUCAUCACCUUGCUUCUUUUGGAGGUGCCGGCGGUCAACAUGCCAGCGCAAUUGCCAAAAUUCUUGGUAUACAUCGUGUGAUUAUUCACAAAUAUUCUUCUAUCCUUUCGGCUUAUGGUAUGUCUCUUGCUGAUGUUGUUCAUGAAGUCCAAAGACCGGAAUCUGUGGUUUUGUCUGAAGAAUCUCUUCCUGGGUUGUCUUCUAGACUUGACGAAAUUUCUAAGGAGGCUGUUGGUGCACUUGUUUCCCAAGGCUUUGAUGAAAAGAAUGUUGUUGUUGAGAGAUACCUUAACUUGAGAUACAAAGGUACAGAAACCUUCAUUAUGGUCCGCGACCCAGCUCAAGAUAAUUCCCAAUCUUAUGCCAAGAGCUUUAUUGAUAAGCAUAAAACCGAGUUUGGGUUUUCUUUAGAACGUGAAAUUCUUGUUGGUGAUAUACGUGUUCGUGGCGUUGGAAUGACUCCUAUGGAGACUGGUACUACCCCGGGAUACGACAUAAAAUCAAAAGGGUCUGAUUACUUUCCUGUUGACGAAAAUGCUUCUAUUGGUAUAAAGAAACUUUACUUUGAGGGCUCUGGCUGGGUUGAUGCCAAAGUUUAUCCCAGCGACAAUUUAAAGCGAGGCCAACAAAUCAAAGGCCCUGCCAUGAUUAUUGACAAGACCCAAACUAUUGUUGUCGACACUAGCGCAGUUGCCACUGUUCUUACUAGUCAUAUUCUUCUCGAUCUUGAUAAUAAAAAAAGGAGAGCGCUUAAUGCUGAAGUUAUUGAUCCUAUUCAGUUGUCAGUUUUUGGCCACCGUUUUAUGUCAAUCGCUGAACAAAUGGGCCAAACUCUUCAAAAGACUUCAAUUUCUGCCAAUAUUAAAGAGCGUUUGGACUUUUCUUGUGCAAUUUUUUCCCCGGAUGGUGGUCUUGUCGCAAAUGCUCCUCAUAUUCCUGUUCAUUUGGGUUCCAUGUCAAGUGCUGUCGAAUAUCAAAAAAACCUUUGGGAAGGCAAGCUUGUUGAUGGUGAUGUUCUUGUGGCAAACCACCCUGCUCAUGGUGGAUCACAUUUACCUGAUAUUACUGUCAUCACACCCGUUUUUCAACCCGGAACAAAGACAAUCAUUUUUUGGGCUGCUUCAAGAGGUCAUCACUCGGACAUUGGUGGAAUAACUGCGGGCUCUAUGCCACCGUAUUCGAAAGAGAUCUGGGAAGAAGGUGCUAUGAUUCCCGGGUUUAAGGUUGUCAAAGCUGGGAAGUUUGACGAAGAGGGUAUCGUGGAUCUACUCUAUACACAGCCUAGCAAGUACCCUGGUUGCAGUGGUUCGCGCAGUUUAAGUGAUAGUUUGUCUGAUCUUAAAGCACAAAUUGCGGCUAAUAAUAAGGGUAUUUCACUUCUCCAUGAUAUUAUUGAAGAGUUUGGUUUGGAAGUUGUUCAAUUUUACAUGUAUGGAAUUCAAGCAAAUGCUGAGCUUGCUGUUCGUGAGCUUCUUAAAGGCGUCGCUAAAAAGUAUGGUGAUGGCCACGUUUUACGUGCCCGCGAUCAGCUUGAUGAUGGAACUGCAAUUGUUCUUGCCAUUAAAAUUAACCCUGAAGAUGGAAGUGCGGUAUUUGACUUUGAAGGAACUGGACCUCAGAUUUACGGUAAUUUGAAUGCACCACGAGCAAUUACUCAAUCUGCCAUUCUAUAUGUGUUACGAUCUCUUAUUUCCGAAAACAUCCCCUUGAACCAGGGUUGUUUGACACCUAUUACAAUUAAUGUUCCUGAAGGUAGUGUCCUAGCUCCUGGUCCCGAACGUGCUACAGUUGGUGGUAACGUGGAAACUUCACAACGCAUUACGGACGUUACUCUUAAGGCGUUCGAGGCUAUGGGUGCAUCGCAAGGUACUUGCAAUAAUCUGACGUUUGGCUUCGGUGGUGAAACUCUUCCUGAUGGUACUACCCGUCCUGGUUUUGGCUACUACGAAACAAUUGCCGGUGGUGCUGGUGCUGGGCCAUGGUGGAAUGGCCAGAGCGGUGUCCAGGUGCACAUGACCAACACACGGGCCACUGAUCCUGAAAUUUUGGAAAAACGUUAUCCUUGUAUUCUACAUGAUUUUUCAUUGCGUAAGGGUUCUGGAGGUGAUGGUCAGUUUGUUGGAGGUGAAGGUGUUGUACGCGACAUUGAAUUCCGUAUCCCUGUGCAAGUUUCAAUUUUGAGUGAGCGUCGAGCUAUUGCGCCAUUUGGCAUCAAGGGAGGUUUACCUGCUCUUCCUGGUGAGAACUUGUGGAAACAAUUGCGCGCUGGUUCCGAUAAGAAGAACGAUUACAUUGUUGUAUCGUUAGGUGGAAAGAAUACUGUGCAUAUGAAUACCGGUGAUCAUGUUGUCAUCAAGACUCCUGGUGGUGGAGGUUUCGGAGAACCAAGCUUGAAAUCUAGCCGCAUAGCGGAGUCCGAAAAUGCCGCUAGUAAAUUCAUUCCCCGCGCCAGUGGUAGUGUUUCUCAAAGAGUUGCUGCUGGUGAAGCAUCUGCUUAG